UUCACCUGCGGCCGAACUCUGUGAGCGUGGGGCGGCCGGCGGUUGCGACUAUACACCACACAACACUCUGCACCAUGACGUCGUCGCCGGACAGCGGCCUGUCGCUGGAGGAGCAGCUGGAGCGCAAGCUGUCGCUGGAGAGCCUCGACUGCCUGGACGUCCAGACGCUCAUCUCCAUGUGGCGGACGCGGUCGCUCAAUGCGCCGUCCCCCAUUCAGCAGUUCGGCCCCUGCGGGCGCAUCAUGAAGAAUUCCGCGAUGGUCAUGACGAUCCAGGACCCGGCGAGCCAGCGGCUGACGUGGUACAAGCCGCCGCUCACCGUGCUGGUCAUCAAGAAGGUUCGCGACGUGUCCGUGCUGCAGCCCUUCGUCCAGCUCGUCAGGUGGCUCAUCCAGGAAAAGAACAUGGUGGUGUUCGUGGAGCAGACGGUGAUGGAGGAUACGCUGCUGCUCAACAACGCGGGCUUCACGAUCGUCAAGGACAAGCUGAUGACGUUCCGCGACGGCAAGGACGACCUCACCGACAAGAUAGACUUCAUCAUCUGCCUCGGCGGCGACGGCACCCUGCUCUACGCCAGCCUCUUGUUCCAGCAAUCUGUGCCACCAGUGAUGGCAUUUCAUCUUGGAUCUCUUGGUUUCCUUACACCUUUUGAGUUUGACAACUUUCAAGAACAAGUUACUAAUGUGUUGGAAGGUCAUGCUGCCCUGACGUUGAGGAGCAGAUUGCGGUGUAUCAUCAUGAGAAAGAAUGAGGAUCCCAACAAGCAGUCUAAACCACCUACCAAUCUCUUAGUUUUAAACGAAGUUGUUAUAGACAGGGGUCCCUCACCAUACCUUUCUAACAUCGACCUGUUCCUUGAUGGGAAACACAUUACCUCCGUACAGGGAGAUGGUCUUAUAGUAUCAACUCCGACUGGCAGCACAGCAUAUGCUGUAGCUGCAGGAGCGUCGAUGAUACACCCGAGUGUCCCUGCUAUUAUGGUGACACCCAUAUGCCCCCAUUCACUGUCUUUCAGGCCUAUUGUGGUGCCAGCUGGUGUGGAGCUGAAGAUCUCUGUGUCCCCUGAUAGCAGGAAUACAUCGUGGGUUUCAUUUGAUGGCCGGAACCGGCAAGAACUGUUCCACGGUGAUAGCCUUCGAGUGACAACCUCAAUCUACCCUGUGCCUUCAAUAUGUGCUCAGGAUCAGAUCUCCGAUUGGUUUGAUUCUCUAGCGGAAUGUCUGCACUGGAAUGUACGCAAACGGCAGAAGCACUUGGACGAGUUGAGUGAUCUAACACACUCGAGCUCCAACGAUACUCUGGACUCGCUUGACCAUGCUGAGCAAUUAGACAGUUAGGCUUACAAGGAGGUGCAAGAAGACUUUCUAAAUCUUAUUUCUUGCUCAGCAAUAUUUCCUGGUGGACUUUGUGAAGUACAUAGCAUGGAGCAGCUUGCAGUCACGGCUGUGAACUGAGGCAGUUGUGAGGCAAGAGUGUGUGUGUGUUAUGUGCUAAUGGGUUGGUGGCUUUGCCAUUCCUAGCACAGCCAACCUAAGACUUCUAAUAGUUACUGGUUUCCAUCACUGCAACUGCUUAUUUAAACGGAAUGAAAUCGAGAGAAAUCUGCCUUUUUAUUUUUGUACAUCCAUUCUCUAUUUUGUUUAUGAAAUGACCAAUUCGGUAUUUUGUAGAGUAGCUGAAUAGAGGAACUUCUGUUUAAUAUUUUGAUAUGAGAAUAGCUUGCCAGAGUUUUUCUACAUAAUUUUCAUUCUUCUGUUUUAAAUACUUUGGAUGGUUGUGAUUCAUAAAUGUAUUUUAGUAAGUAUGUACUUGUAUGUUGAAUGUCUAAAAACUACUACAUACACAGUCGAAUGCAUGAUUUAGAACAAAAUCAAAAAGUCAUCAACCUGUACUGAAGUGCCUUUUAUUUUUAUUUUCUUUCAUCUUGUACUUCUGUGAUUUUUUUUCAUUUAAGUAACAGAAUUGUUAAUUGCUGAUGAAUGAGCUCUUUCAGUCUUAAAGAUUGCUAAAUUUUAUGCUGUUCUCUGCUUCAGACAUUAUAUUUUCAUUUGAGACUUUGAGCUCUUGAGCAAUGUGUUAUUUAUAACUUCAUAUUUUAGCAGUAUUUAAUUUUGAAUGAGAAUGAUAAAAGUUUGAUGGUGUGGUGAAUGUGUGAUUUAAUGUACAAACAAGCUUAAUGGAACAAUUUUGUGUGCAUAUUCCUUGUUUGGUUUCACAGUUUGAAUAAGCAAAAGAACUUAGGAAAUAUAGGUGCAUGUUUCCCAGUGAUCCUUUAUUCCCCUCCCUUUUCCUGAUUCUCUCCUCUUCCAUAUUACACUGGCAGUAUGCAGCACAUGUUGCCAGGAAGCCCAGAAAUCACAAUUUUAAAGUGGCUCUAUAUGUAAAACUGAAUGUCUCAGAAAUACAGGUCUCUUUUUUAAGAAAACUUA